AUGUCAAAUCCUUUCAGCGGUCUAUUUCCACCGGAUUCUAGUACUUCCGCGACCCAAGCCCCUCCGAGUACUAGCUCAUUGUAUUCUAGUUACAGUCUAUCAACUUCCGACGACACUGCAACCUCCGAGUCCACAAUCACUGAUACAGAUGUUUUGAACAACCCUAUAACGUCACAAAAGCAUGGGAACGUCCUCAUUGCUGAGCACAAGUGCAUCCUCAUUGCUGGGUACAAGUGCCUCCUUGCCGACCACAAGUGCAUCCUCAUUGCUAGGCACAUCGGCACGCUCGCUGAGCCCAAGCUCGUUAUCACCGGAUAUCCCCAUGGCACCUCUGCCGACAAACACACUCAGGCGCUGGCUGGAAUCCCCAUUGAUAAUUCAAUAUCGGUCCCUAGGAUUGAACCUUACACAAAAGCGGCAACGCCAGAGGCUUCUGCACCAGCAACAGGAAUGACGACCACCAAAAAGCGACUCGAGGGUAUGAACACCGAGCCGCAGGAUCGCCGCGUCAACGAGAACGCGGUAGACAUCGCAGGCUCAGCCGUUCAAGCUGUCUCAGCCCUCCAGGAAGUCGAGGAGCGCACGCAACGUCCACCGGGCACCGGGCAGGCUGAUGCUCGGGUCUCCCCUCCCCCACCCACAACGCCCUCAUUCGUCUCUCCGCCCCCUAGCUUCGUGACACAGCCGUCAACGGCGGAUGUCCGGACGUCGUUCAACCAGCACUUCGACUCCGGCAUGCGGUUCGAUGCUGACCCCGAAUUUCAAGUUCCUGUGCCUCGACGGCGUAUCGUCGACCUACCUCCAGCAUACACGGAGGACUAG